AUGUUGAGAACUGGAAGAGUUCGCUGCCGGUGUGAGAGAUCAGUCUUAUCGCCGUCAUCUACGUUUCUUUUGCUCUCCGCUUUGUUUCUUACCUCUUCCAAUGCUCAACCCUCUUCUCCGUCGGUAGCCGGAAAACGCUCCUCACCAGCUCUGUCGAGCAUUUCGUUCUCCGCCCAUACUCCAUCGGCCUUGGGUCAAUUUUCAACAACCGGUGCCGCUGCCCAGUCCGCUCUCAGUCCCCGCGACGAAAAUCCUGAUGGGCAAUCCGGCGCCCAAGGCCAACGCGACGGCCUGCUCAACUACUAUUUCUUAUUGCUUGCCAUACUCAUAAUCAUAAUAGGCGUAGCCUACUGGGUCUUUCAUCGAAGAAGGAAGAAUAAGGUUGCUCGAGUACGAAACAGUGGUCAAAAUGCGCUGGCAAGGGACCUCGACGGUUGGGCGCCACGAUCUCGGUGGAUCUAUGGCGGAUGGAGAGGAGUCAUGGGAGGAAAUGCAAGACACGAAGAAGGUUUAGAUGAGCAUGGAGAGGCACCACCCCCUUACCAGCCUCGUGGCACGCAUUCUUCAACAACUCAUGGCGAAUCAGCUGAAUGCAUCUACCAAAAUCCUCGAGACCAUGAAUCCUUCCAUCACGAUGGUAGUACAACUGACCGACGACCCUCUGCUUCGACGGUAUCUAUCCCCUUGAGGACGCUCUCUCGCGAUGGGCUGGAAAGGAGACCUCCCGACUAUGAAGAAGCGCUUGAAAAUACGGGUUCUGGACCACGAGCGACCACGGCCGAUUCGCGCCCAGAUGUAGAGAGUGCAGCCGGCUUAGAGCCUCCACCGCGAGCCAUGACUUCAAACAACGAAAAUCACCCCCACGCCGACAUCCAUUAA